AUGCCGGGCUGCACCGCCUCACACAGGGCGGCAUGUCCCCGAGAAAAACAGCCCGAUCACGAGCAUUGGAAGCCCGUGCCUGUCCUGGAGGUGCCUGUCCUGGAGGUGCCUGUCCUGGAGGUGCCUGUCCUGGAGGUGCCCGUCCAGGAGGUGCCCGUCCAGGAGGAGGCUGUCCUGGAGGUGCCUGUCCUGGAGGUGCCUGUCCUGGAGGUGCCUGUCCUGGAGGUGCCUGUCCUGGAGGUGCCUGUCCUGGAGGUGCCUGUCCUGGAGGUGCCCGUCCUGGAGGUGCCUGUCCUGGAGGUGCCUGUCCUGGAGGUGCCCGUCCUGGAGGUGCCUGUCCUGGAGGUGCCCGUCCUGGAGGAGGCUGUCCGCAGGUCCGCUCACAUCCUCGUGUGUGUCGCUGUUCAGCUGCGCGGUGCUGAAGCUGCGCCAGGGGCCAAUCACAGGCUCAGGAACACACACAGUCUGUCUGCUCUGGACACUGUUAAUCAUGGAGCUUCCUUACAAUUACUUGAUUACUCUAUAAUUACAAUGACGCUACAGUAA